CUUCGAUCUCCCCUACUUGGCCUUUUACUACAACCAGAAACUCCUGAUCUACAAAGGGUGUGAGGACUUUGAGGAUGUCGUGGAGAAAUUGAAGGACGGGCUGGCGCUGGUUUUGGAGGAGUUUUAUCAGUUGGCUGGGAAGUUGGAGAAAGAUGAGGAUGGGGUGUUUAAGGUGGUCUACGACGAUGAUAUGGACGGUGUCGAGGUGGUGGCCGCCGCGGCGGACGAGCUCACGGUGGAGGAGCUGACGGCGGAAGAGGGCACCUCCAAGUUCAAGGAGCUGUUGCCGUACAACGGAAUCUUGAACUUGGAGGGGCUGCAGCGGCCGCUGCUGGCGGUGCAGCUCACCAAACUCAAGGAUGGUCUGGCAAUGGGUUGUGCCUUCAACCACGCAAUACUUGAUGGUACCUCCACGUGGCACUUCAUGAGCUCAUGGGCCGACAUCUGCAAGGGCGCCACCUCAAUCUCCGUUCCCCCCUUCCUCGAGCGCACCAAAGCCCGCAACACCAGAGUCAAGCUCAACCUCUCCAAACCAUCCGACGCUCCUGAACACGCCAAGUCAGCAGCCAACGGCGACGCGCCGGCCCCUCUUCUCCGGGAAAAGGUCUUCAAAUUCUCCGAGUCGGCCAUUGACCAGAUCAAGGCCAAAGUCAACGCCGGCAACCCUCCAAAGCCAUUCUCCACAUUCCAGUCGCUUUCCGCCCACAUAUGGCAAGCCAUCACACGCGCCCGCGAGCUUGCCGUCCAGGACUACACCGUGUUCACUGUGUUCGCCGACUGCCGGAAGAGGGUGGAGCCGCCGAUGCCCGAGAGCUACUUCGGGAAUCUGAUCCAGGCGAUAUUCACGGUGACCGCCGCCGGGUUGGUCCUCUCCAACCCGAUUGAGUUCGGGGCGGACCUGAUCCGAAACGCCAUCGUGUCGCACAACGCGGAGGCCAUCAACAAGCGGAACGAAGAGUGGGAGAGCAAGCCCAUUAUCUUCCAGUACAAGGACGCCGGGGUGAACUGCGUGGCCGUGGGGAGCUCGCCCCGGUUCAAGGUGUACGAGGUGGAUUUCGGGUGGGGUAGCCCGGAAAGCGUUCGGAGCGGGUUGAACAACCGGUUCGACGGGAUGGUGUAUCUGUACCCAGGAGGCAUUGACGUGGAGAUCAGCUUGGAAGGCAAGACCAUGGAGAAGUUGGAGAAAGACAAGGAGUUCUUGGUGGAAGUUUAAAUUAUUAAUAAACAUGGCGGGAGAGAGUGUUAUGUUGAUUUUUCUUCUUUACUUCGGUGUCUUGUUUGUGUUUAAGCAUGACUGUUUCAGCAGUUUAUGGUAUUCAGACAUCCUAUGAGUUUGAUUUGAUUUGAUUUUAAUCUACAAGAAAGAUGUUUUUAUGUAA